CCUUCCUGGUGAACACACCAUCUGCGGACAUUGCAGGGCAGCAGUCAUGUGCACAAUGAUGAACGUGAUAACAGCUUUAGCUCUUUCUUGUUUCUUUUCAGGCUGGAUUGCUGUCUCAGGUUCUGAGUUUCAGACCUCAGAGGUGCAGGCAGGUGAAAAUGUCACUCUGCAGUGCACCAAUACUUCCAAAAUGGACGUUACGACUUUCUGGUUCAGACUGGUCAGCGGAACCACAGUCAACUCUAUCGCUGUUAUGGCUGCUACAAGUGUUAAGCACAAUGCUGGAUUUCAACCUGGAAAAUUUGAAAUGACAAAAAACACCUCUGCUCUCUUUCUCAAAAUCAAACAAGUGGAUGUGUCUGACUCUGGGCUGUAUUUCUGUGGAUUUCUCUCAGAAGGACGUCUAAAUUUAAGCGUCAUGCAAUUAAAGGUUGGAGACACUGAUGAGCCUCAGGAUGACAUGGACUGCGUCUCCCAACAGGCUCACGAAGUAGCAGAGCUGACGAGUGUCACCCUGGGUGUUCUGUCUGUUUUCCUCUUAAUGCUCAUCACUGGUCUGGCUGUUCAACACGGGAAAACAGCUAAAGAACAAGAAAAUACGAACCCAGAACAAUUUGAGAAUCUGGACCCUGGCACCCUGAAGGAUCCAGCACUGCAAUCAGCAGUAAAAAGACGCGGGAGGCCUGCAGUACAAAAGCAACCAGAAACUCAUGUUAUUUAUACUACCAACAGAUAGACUCAUUUCCCUGUUUGACUGGUGCUAGUGCUGCUUCCUGUUUUUAUUUCUAUUUCCUGUCUACUUUCGGCUGCAUCUGCAUCCCAUCAGCCCCUAUUUGUUUUGUUUGCUACAUAGACUGCCUUCCACUGUAUGCAGGAAGCUGCUGUACACUGUCCUUCAACAGAUAUGAUCGGACACUUUUUUUCAGUAUGUGAUUCUAGAUUUUUUGUUGUGUCUACCUCAACCUCAAACCAGCAGGAAACAGAGAGCCUGCAGUUGAGAGAGAAGUAAAAUUCAUGUUGUUUAAGCUGUCAGCAGAUAGUAACGUGAUAGUAAAGUUUUAAAAGAAGCUGUGAAACCUAAUCUACUUGUUUUGAUUACAUAAUGUCCAAGAUUGCAGACUGUUAGAAGAAUAAUUACAAUUAUUUAAUGAAAGUGAUUAAAACUGCAGCCAUGCACCCUUUGAAGACAAAUGUUGCAGGUAAUGGAUAAAGUCUGCACCAAAGGAAGAUUUCAGCACAAACAACAAAUAUGAAAUGACUUCAUUGAUUCAAAGAUUAAGAGAGACGUUAUUUACAAAACUUUCCUCUUGCUGGUCUUAUAUGAGUAACGCAAAAAACAAAAAUAAUA